AUGUUAUCGUUAUGGCUCAAUGAAGGAGAUCGCUUAUGGUCAUUUGCAAUAAUUUUAAUUAUGGAACAUAUCGGUGGAAUACGUUUAGUUUCAAUUGAUCAACUAGUUGAAGAGAUUAUUAUUAUGAUAUUAAAUGAAAAAUAUUUUAUAGGAAUGCUUAUUCUUCUCACAAUAAAUAAUUUGAGUCUAAUUAUUUCUGCAAGCACAUUAGCAAUUUGCAUUUUAAUUAAAGAAACUGAAAUGCAACAACCAUUUAAGAUUAUUUCAACUGCAUACAGUUUGAAAUAUUUUUUUUAUAUAAUUUGUUUGAUUCUCGCUAUUUUAACAUGUUCGAUGAGUUGCCUGGCUAGCGGUAUGCAAAAAAAUAUUCUCACCAAGGAUUGGAUUGUUGUUUUAGCUCAAAAAGAUAAUCUUCCAUUAUCAGAAACGAAUGCCACAAUGAAAACGAUUGAUUUAUCUUCAUCUGUUAUAUCACCAUUUAUUGCUGGACUGAUUAUCAAUAAAAUUGGCUAUCUUAUCGCAUGUUUUAUUUUUAUCAUCUAUAAUUUAUUCGACGAAAACGAACUAUUCCUAUCAGUCAAAAAAUCGCUAGCAAUGAAUAAAUGGGGAUUGAAAACAAUUCGAAGGAAUUUUGUGUUAUAUCGAAGGCAACCGAUAUUCUCAGCCGCAUUUGGAUUAACAUUACUCUAUAUGACUGUUCUUGGUUUCGACGGGAUUGCUGUAGGAUAUGGUAAAUCACAAGGUUUACCUGAAAUGUGGCUUGGUAUUUUACGAAGUAUUGGUUCAAUAUUUGGUAUUCUUGGUGCUAUUGUUUAUGUUGCUCUUGAAAAUUUUAUUGGUGUAAGACGAACCGGUCUUAUAGGUUUUUUGGCUCAACAAUUCGCUUUAUAUAUUUGUAUUUUAUCGAUUUGGCUUCCUGGUUCACCGUUUGACCCCGUCAAAUAUUUCCGUGAUAUUACUGCGAACAUAUGGUGGGAAAAAUUCAAAAAUUCAUUUAAAAUCUCUUAUAAUCAGAAUGGUUUCAACCAAUCUUCAACAAUUUCUACUUGGUUGCUUCCAUCGAACAAAAACAUUGAGUGGUCAUCAUGGACGGUAAAUGGCCAUUCGAUAAUUAGCGUAUCCACAUUACUGAUAGGAAUUGCCAUUUCUCGAUUUGGUUUAUAUAUGGUUGACUUAUCUGUUACACAAAUAAUGCAAGAAAAAAUACCCGAACGACAUAGAGGCACCGUUUUUGGAGUGCAAGAAUCUAUCGCACAUUUCUUUAGUGUCAUUAAAGAUCUUCUAGUUAUUAUUUUACCCGACCCAAUGAUAUUCGGUUUGCUUAUCAUAUUGUCCGUAACUUUCGUUGUAUCAGGCGCAUUAUCAUACGUGCAAUAA